AUGUUCUUAAAUUCUGGAUCAAGGGGUGACAUGUGGGUGGUGGAAGUGAGUGGUGAUGGUGGUUGUGGUGGUGGUGGUGGUGGAGGUUGUGGUGGUGGUGGAGAAGAAGGUGGAAGUGAGGUGGGAGUAAUGGUGGCGGAGGUUGUGGUGGUGGUAUUGGUGGUGGAGGUGGAGGUGGUAGUUGUGGUGGUAGACGAUGUCAUUUAA